UGCUACAAGAGAGCGAGAGAGGCCAGAAGAAGAGAAGCGGCAUCGAGGGAAGCCGGAUAUGCUGGAGCCGUCCCAAACGAAUCUCGAGGAUCCACGCGAGCUUGCAGUAUCAUCAUCAUCAGCAGCAUCACCAUCAUCAGCAUCACCAUCAUCAUCAGCAGCAGCAUCAGCAUCAUAAGCUGUAGCUGUAGCAAGAGAGUGCUCACCAUCCUGCUGCUGCCCGCUCGGGGCUCCACCGCCAUGGCGAGGAGCGUCCGAGCUCCGGGGCUCGCGGUGCUGCUGCUGUGGCUGCUGCUGCUGCUGGGCACGCAUGGGACAGCAGCAUUGAAGUGCUUCUGCCACCACUGCGUCUCGGACAACUACACUUGCGUGACGGAUGGUGCGUGCCUGGCAUCGGCCAUGCGCAGGCGGAGCCCGGUGGGGCUGACGCACAUCCGCGAGUGCAUCCCACGUGAGCGUCUCGUGCCACCCGACCGCCCCUUCAUGUGCGUCAGCUCCUACGAUCGCGAGGUGCAGGUUACCAACGUGCACUGCUGCAACACCGACUUCUGCAACAUGGUCGACAUCACCUUACCACCACUCGUGGACCCAACGCCGCUGGUGGGUCUGGACCGACUGAGCUCGUGGAGCUCGGUGGAGCUGGCCGUGGCCAUCGCCGCCCCCAUCUGCUUCCUCUGCGUGCUGUUCACCGUGGUGCUCUGCUUAUGCCACAACCGGGCAGCAUGCCGGCACCUGCCCGUGCCAGACUCGGAUGAGGAGCAGGACAUUGGACACCUGCAUCACCACCACCACCACCGCUACAUCACUGAGGGCACAACUCUAAAAGACCUCUAUGACCUAACCACUUCAGGAUCUGGAUCAGGCUUACCCCUGCUGGUGCAGCGCACCAUCGCAAGGACCAUCGUGCUGCAGGAGAGCAUCGGCAAGGGCCGCUUCGGCGAGGUGUGGCGUGGCAAGUGGCGUGGCGAGGACGUCGCUGUCAAGAUCUUCUCGUCACGUGAGGAGCGCUCCUGGUUCCGCGAGGCCGAGAUCUACCAGACAGUCAUGCUGCGCCAUGAAAACAUCCUGGGCUUCAUCGCUGCCGACAAUAAAGACAAUGGGACUUGGACGCAGCUGUGGCUAGUCUCCGACUACCACGAGCAUGGCUCGCUCUUCGACUACCUGAAUCGUUUCACAGUGCCUGUGGAAGGGAUGCUUAAGCUAGCCCUCUCCACUGCCAGUGGGCUUGCUCACCUGCAUAUGGAGAUCGUCGGCACACAGGGUAAACCGGCCAUCGCCCACCGAGACCUCAAAUCAAAGAACAUCCUGGUGAAGAAAAACGGCAUGUGCGCCAUCGCAGACCUGGGUCUCGCAGUGCGGCACGACUCGGCCACCGACACCAUCGACAUCGCACCCAACAACCGCGUCGGCACCAAGAGAUACAUGGCACCAGAGGUUCUUGAUGACACGAUCAACAUGAAGCACUUUGACUCAUUCAAGCGUGCUGAUAUCUACGCUCUGGGGCUGGUAUUCUGGGAAAUAGCUCGGAGAUGUGCUGUCGGAGCAGGGAUUCAUGAAGACUACCAGCUGCCCUACUAUGACAUGGUGCCUUCGGACCCGUCUAUCGAGGAGAUGCGCCGGGUGGUGUGCGAGCAGAAGCAGAGACCAAACAUCCCCAACCGCUGGCAGAGCUGUGAGGCCCUCCGUGUGAUGGCCAAGAUAAUGCGCGAGUGCUGGUAUGCAAACGGGGCGGCUCGUCUCACGGCGCUGCGCAUCAAGAAGACCCUCUCACAGCUGAGCCAGCAAGAGGACAUCAAGGUGUGAAAGAGUCAGACCCUUAGCAGACCGGCGGCAACACGCAACAAUAGCCCUACGCCAGUGUGGAAGACUGUUUGACUGGGCACUCCUCUGCCUUGCGAUCGUCACUGCAACCACGCUGCCCUGCUCAACUGCCCUGCCCACGACUCACCUUGUUGCAAGCGGUGUGCCGUGCCGACGCAUGCCUUUUUAAGGACCGACAUAGAUUACUUCAGUGCCAUAAUCUGGUCAUUCAUGCUUACAGAUUUCAUUCUACCUCGUGACAUUCAACCUGCAGAGUUCUUGAACUCUGCUCUUGAACAUGGGAACAUCCACCACCUCUGACAUGCAGUUUCCAUUGACCAUUCAUAGGUGUCUUAGCUGAAGCUUAGUGGUAUCAAACCACUGUGGGGCAUUUCUUGUAUCCAAAGUGAGUGUUGCGUCAAAGUGACCGAUCGCACUCUGGCAAAAAAGCAAGCAAAGUGUACAUUUUGUCCACGGCAUUCAAAACUGAUUUAUUAAGUAGUGUGCAUUGUGAGUGGAGUAAAGAUCAAAUUUUCCUUGAAAAACAGCCAAUUGUUACACAGCCAUCGAGGUCUUUCAAGAACUAUAUGGUCUGCUUCAACUAUGCACCCAUGCAAAAGAAGAUAAGAAAAUGAAGGUCAAAUGGGUUGCUUAUAUUAGUCAUUGCAAAUUAAAUAUGUAGUUUUUGGUUAAUGUUUUUUUCUCUAGGACCUGUGGAAUGUGAGCGAGGCCAUAAGUGGGCCUGCAUUUGUGAGUAUAUUGUGUUGACAUUUUUAAGUCCCCUUGUAAUUGAGGGUUUUUAGAAGACCUUGUAUUGCUGCUCAGCAUACAAAGGCCAUGAAAAAACAUUGUACUAUAUAAAAGUAGCUUGUUUUGUCAACUGUAGCAUUGUUUGUCAAGCCGUCUUUCAGUCAGUGGAUAUUAAAUGUCACUUUAUCUGCUUAAAGUAGUUUCAGCCACUUCACACCGAUAGAUUUACACGUCAGCUUGCCUCCCAGAGUUGAAGAGUAAUGGAGGUUGCCUUUGAAAAAAAAUAUAUACAUUAUGCUGUAAAUAGUAUUUAUAGUGUUUGAUAGAAAAAUGUUUAACGUUUAUUACACAAAUAAAUUAAUUUAAAAUAUCACAUCUGUAACAAAACAGAAAAUACAUUUUCAUAAUAUACAAAACUGAAUGUGUUCAGUUACGUAACUGCUGCAAGAACACCGAAUAGCUGAUUGUUCUUUACCCAUUCAUGCAUUUUAAACUUCGUGGGUACAUCAGUCAUGGUAGAUAAUACCUUUGUAACCUCAAACCCCCUUACUGUGAAAUAGCUGCUAUAGGUUUUCUCCAGAUUAUAAAAUCGUCACAUCGGCGUUCACAUUUUUUCUUCUUUAUUUCCACCUUUUUCUCGUUUAAGACACUUUAUUAACUCAAGCUGGCUGACAUCAUCGGCACUGCACGUUGCUGCUAUGUUGUUUUUUGAGACUUGAAGAGGGAAUGCGGCAUUCUAAAACCUUGUCAUUCAGUGGCAUUAAGCAGUCUUAUGUAAUGUUCACUUUGAAAAGUCAAAUCCGGAGUGUCUCCACGCUUAAACAAACAUUACAGUGGGCACGCAUCUCCUUUGACAGCCCUGAGCCAGUUAUGGACAUUAUCUAUUCCAAUGCCUUGGCUAGUCUGUAUUUAGGACAAUUGGAUAACAGCAUGACAUUUUUUUUUACACAAAGUAAAACAAAAUUUGCUUGUAAAUUUUGUCAGAUCGAUAGAUAUGCAUUUAAUAGGGGAGUGCAUCAUGACUUCACAUCAACAACAUCAACAACAUGAACAGCAGUCAUUCGUCCCUAUGUGGCAGUGACAUAACCAUAGUGCUUGUGGGGGUGAAAUGCACUUUGAGGCCACGUGAAGUGUCGAAAACUUGCAUGCAGGAGGCCAUGGGACAGACACCAUUCCUCCUGGCCAUGUAUUAACAUACCUGGCCCUCCGCUCAUUUCCCGUUCUUGCUGGACGGAGACUGCCUCCAACUCCACAGAUGCUGAUCUUGACACUGCUAAUACCAUUCAUUGUCAAGCCCAAUCAACUCCAUAUCCUGCUGCACCAUAUCAGCCCACCUCUUCUCAAUCCCUUGCCAUGCCCGUGUAUCUCCCCCUAUCCGGCCAAACAAGCUAUUUGGGCAUUCGGUGGCUGAGCCAACCAAUGGAGCCUCGCUUACGAGAGGUGCUCACUAAUGAGACCGUGUUAAGGUUUUUAAAGGAUCUUUCAAGAAUCUGGGAGGUCCACGUUCCUUUGAAGGAGUCACAAGUUUCGUAAGCAUAGAGAGGAAAGGGCAUAACUGUGGCCGAGAAGACCUGGAGCUUUGUAUGGAGCGAUUCACCAGCCAGCUUCCACACAGUAUUACACAGCCGAUGAAAAGAUAAUGCUGCCCGAGUUGAGGACCUUCCACUUCUCGUGAUGACUGGAGGUAGAACCGGUCAAACGGACCUCCCAGGUUCAGUCUGUACUGGUCCAGCUCCCGAGAGAGACAUGGCAGCCCCUCGGUGAGUGUUUGGACAUUCCACUUAACCAGACAGCGGUUUCCUGCCGUUUCUGGAAGAACCACGAGGGGGGCGGGAAGCAGGGGGAGCAGGGGUUAGUCUCUUGGCUCUGCUGAACAAAGUUUGGCCAGAAGAUAUCACGGGCGCCUGUCCCCCCGCGGCCUUCGGCACAAUCUUAUGCUGCCCUUUUUGUGGUUGUUUGGUACUUUAAUUGAAGAGAGUCCGAGUUGGCACACUGUAGUGGCUGUGAGCAUGCCGUGAGAGCAACAGUUUUGAGCAACAGUUUUGAGCAUCAGCCUUUUCGCCUUCCCCCAAAUGGCAAUGCUCGCAACACACCAGUGUUGCCGUCUGACACCAGCGAGGAGGUGUUAGGUUGUUUUGCCGGUUGACUUCAUAUCUCUGACGCAGGGAUAGUCACCGUAGAGUUUUGAAGAGGAAAAUUGGCUUUGGUUUGUGGCACGCAAUGUACCCCGCAUGGCAUGUGGUUAUCCCAUAGUGCCACGCAAAGUGGAAACGGAGACUCAUUUUAAUGGUGCCAGGUCUGUCACAUAUUUUUGUCCAUACCUUCCCAGGUGGUGUUUCUUCUCCAAUUGAUAAGUUAGCUUAAAACGAUGUGGGAAAAAUGUGUUCAUGCAGAGUAAGCAUACCAUAGUUAUUCACUUAGUAAGAUGAAUUCAGUGUAGCUGUGUUCACAAACGUUUAUUGGAACAGUUCCUUUCCUGUAAUGUCAGCAAAGUUACAUAUUCAUUCAUAUGCUUGAGUUUAACAAAUUGGGAAUUUUCUAAAGUGUAACUUUUUUGUAUCACAAAUGUACCCAAAUUGGUCAGGGUAAAGCAAAGUAAUUUGUUGUAGAAAAAACCAUUUGAUCGUGGCCAAUAUUGUGCUAUGUUUUGCAAGGGGUUGCAUAUGAUAUGUCUCAUUCUUUUGUUAGUAUUGUUACCUAAACAAUUACAAAGAACAUACUCUAGUUACAAUUCUAACUAGUAUAAAACCUUAAAUGUGACGGGAUUUAUAAUUUCUUGCUAGACGACAGUCGUUAAUUGAGUCAAACCUUUUAAUAUUCACACCUUAGUGUGAAUAACUCAGAUGCAUUUUCGUCUUUGGCAUUAACAGCCCUGAAGUGGCUUAUCCUCACCUGACAGUAGAAACACGCUGAUUGUAUUUUACCUGUUUCCCAGUACCAGCCAAUCUGAUAUUAAAAGGUGAAGGGUUACUGCACACUAUGUAUACAUACAUAUAUACCAUACUUUAACACAAAUAUACAUCUAAUUAUAAAGUUGCGAUUGACUAAAAAAGCCAUUUUUUUGUAGUCUUGCAUGGACGUAUAUAUACUGUAUAAAUUUAACCCAUUUCGUCGUUGUCUUGCAAAAAAAAUGAAUCAGGCAUUUGGUACUAUGCAGACGGUAGAAAACGAGUCUUUAUUGACAAGUGCUGUCACUUUAAGAAAAUGAAAUUGCAAUUUGCGGCUCAAGUGAGGUACACACGUUUCUUUUUCAGCAAAUCACUACUGUAAAAACAGAUGCCUUCACUUUGGCUGGCCCCAUAUGUAAGCCAUACUUUGUCCUUGAUGUUCAGUGUACAGUGAGCGUAGUUCCGUAAAAUAAGCAUUGUUUUGUCUUGUUCAUGUUUUAUUUUGUAAAUAAAAUAUCACGAUACCUCCUCCCCUCGUUAGUAGUACCUCAGUGUUGACUAUUGUGGAGGUUACAAGCACCGUUUCAAAAGUAUCUCAUCAACUUUGUAAAUGAUUACAGUACUCAAUAAAUUUAGAAGUUAAAAAAUA